AUGCAGCGGCUGAUGUCCAACGACGAACGCGAUGUGCGGCAUCAACAGCCAAAGGGAGAACGAACCACUGGCAUCGACUCACGAGCGACUCAAGACAACCACAUCUCUCGAGAUGCAAAUUGCCCAUAUCGCACCUACAAGCGCCGCUUCUUCGGCCUGGCGCAGCUCGUCCUUCUCAACAUUAUUGUCUCCUGGGACUGGCUCUCCUUCAGCGCCAUCUCAACUACCGCGUCGCACUUCUUCUCCGUCUCGGAGUCAAGCAUCAACUGGCUGAGCACUAGCUUUUUGUUCGCCUUCCUGCCCAUGGCUCCGCUGGUCAUCUUCACUUUGAAUCGCAGCGGUCCCAAAGCCAGUAUCCUCGCCUCAAGCGCACUGAUCCUCGCUGGAAACUGGAUCCGCUACGCAGGCACUCGAUCUUCGCCGCCACAGUUCGGCGUCGUGAUGUUCGGGCAGAUCCUAAUCGGCUUCUCGCAGCCAUUCGUGCUCGCAGCACCCACCCGCUACUCUAAUCUCUGGUUCUCAGACCAGGGCCGCGUGUCCGCGACAGCUAUCGCAUCGCUCGCAAAUCCACUCGGCGGUGCUCUAGGACAGCUCGUCUCACCUCUAUGGGCUUCAGAUCGUACGGACAUCCCCAACAUGAUCCUUUACACAUCCAUUCUCAGCACGGUUGCCACCCUGCCUGCCAUCUUCCUCCCCAAGGAACCGCCAACUCCACCCUCAGCUCUUGCUGCGGCACCAAAGCUGGACUUCCACGAAGCUGCCCGCAUACUACCCAAGAAUCUGAGUUUCUGGAUGGUGCUUGUUCCUUUCGCAGUCUACGUUGGCUUCUUCAACGCCACAUCUACCUUCAUAAACCAGAUCUUCUACCCCUACGGCUUUAGCGAGACGGAUGCCGGCAUCGCAGGCGCACUGCUAAUCUUCGUGGGCCUGGCAUCCGCCGCCAUCGUCAGCCCCAUCGUCGACCGAACGAAGAAGUACACGCCGGUUAUCAAGGCUCUAAUCCCGCUCAUCGCGGCAUCUUACCUGGUCCUUAUCUGGAUGCCCGCCACCCGCUCCGUGGCAGGACCGUUCGCGGUUUGUGCCAUCCUUGGAGCGACGAGUUUCAGCUUACUGCCAUGUGCACUUGAAUAUCUGGCUUUGAUUACGCAUCCAGUCAGCCCGGAGCUUACCAGUACGAUUGUAUGGGCUAUGGGACAGUUAUUGGGCGCUAUCUUCAUUGUUAUCAUGGACGCUUUGCGAGGUGGUGCGACGGGGGAGCCGGCAGCGAGUAUGAAGAGGGCGCUUGUGUUCCAGGCGGUUAUUGCUUGGGUUGCUGUGCCCUUUGCGAUGGUGCUGGGGAUGGGAAAGAUGAAGAGAGAGGAGGGCAAUGUGGGAGGGUAUCAGGCUGUUGCUACGGCGGACGAGGAGUAA